CCCCCUGACAAAUCAUCAAUGGCCAGGAUCCUUUAGCAGACACACUCUAUUGCACCCACCCACACACAUUAUACAGAAGUCAAAAGUUCCUUUUUUAUUUUACAGCGGGCCUUGUUUAUUUCAUUUAUUUGAAACAGCUGAAGGCCUCAGAGAGUAGCUCAGGUCGUAAGUGUGUGCUAUACAAUCCGAAAGAAAGAUUUUCUUUUUCAGUUUUUCAUUGAGUGAGAGGAAAUUUUGUAACAUUGUGCAAUGGUGCCGCAAAAGUUUUGAAAGGUUGUGUGAGUGUUUUUGCCUGCAAAGCGUCUGAGACUCGGUCUGUUGAAGAAGAGGUCUCCAUGUUGCAUCCAUACAGAAUGGAGAGCUAUCUCAUCCCGCCUCACUCAGAAGAAAUGUACGAUCCUGAGAUCUACAGACAUCAAAUCGCAGAAUAUUAUAAUCCAUAUGUCCUAGAUGCAGAUAUCCAGGCAGAUCACUGGGACUACCACACUCACCCUCACGUACACCCUGUAGAGUUUGAAAAUCUCCAAGAGGCCAACUUUACAGAGCUGCAGAGUGUGCAGGCUCUCCACGCGCCCGGCCUCAUACGACACGACGCCAUACGGUACGACGCAGAAAGCCUCCUUGAUCCAAACCUCGGGGCACAUCCACAUGUGUUACAGCCAUCAGUAGCGUUCUUCCCUCGGGCUGUAUAUCCACCACACAUGUCCCAGCGCAGCUCUGAUGAUGAGGAACACGGAGCACGAAGUCCCCAGUUUGAGGUGUCUGAUGAGGAGUGUCUGAGAGAUCGAGUACCUUAUGUCACACCAGGAGAGCUGGGCAAUAAAAAGAAGAUCCGUUUGUACCAGUUCCUGUUGGACCUUUUAAGAAACGGUGAUAUGAAGGACAGUAUCUGGUGGAUGGACAGAGACAAGGGGACAUUCCAGUUUUCUUCCAAACACAAGGAGGCUCUCGCACACCGCUGGGGAAUCCAGAAGGGAAACCGCAAAAAAAUGACCUAUCAGAAGAUGGCUCGUGCCUUACGCAACUAUGGCAAAACUGGAGAGGUGAAAAAGAUAAAGAAGAAGCUGACGUACCAGUUCAGUGAUGAGGUGCUGGGCAAGACUCACCUGGAGAGAAAAUAUAUUUAGCCAGGAGGGAUACUAAAAUGUUAAGAGUUACUCAUGAAAAGUGUUGAGGUGUAGUUCCUGGUGUAAGACGCUUAAUCAAACUUGCUAAUCUGGUAUAUUGCAUUUUGUGAAUAGUAACAUUACUGCUGGACCUAUAAUUGAUGGUGUACAGUCAAAAGGGGAAAGAGAAAGCGGGGGGGGGGCCUUGCAGUUAUACCGUAUGCAUCUUAGAUCCUGUUACUGUGGUUACUGUGACGCCCAGUAUGCAUUUAUGUGUAAUGUGGGUGCAAGUACUUAUCAAUACUCUUUUUGGACCUGUCUGUUUAUAUAUUUUCCAUAUUAAAGGUUCAAUGUGUAAGAGCAACCAGAAUUUAAACUUAACACAUUACAACAAUGAACUCACAUUAUCAACACAAUGUGAAAAGGUAACAGUGUUGACAUUAUGUCAGAGACGUCUAUGUAUUGUGUUGCAGAGAUAUCCAUUGAAAUUAGCAUGCUAACUGACUAGCUGCGCUCCGUCCAGUCUGUAAUACCACCUGUUCCUCUAGAGGCGAUAGUGAGUCACUGUAGCGCCAGUCUGCCCUCAGACCAGAGGGAGAAGAAGUACAGCUCCCUGACUCAGGCAGACUCAGGGCCUGUCAACAUUACAUCCAUGAUCCCCCCUCCCCGUUUUUUGAUAGUUUGUAUUAGUUUAAUUCAAAGUGGUAGAAACGGGAAAACAACUUAUUUAGACCAUCUCUCAGACUUUCAGCAGUCUGGUCUAAUGAACUGACAGACUGAGUGACAGACUGACUUUCACAGGAAUAAAGAAUACACAUUGAACAUACACGAGAAGAGAGGGAGAUAUAUGGCGGUAGAAUACAAUGCACAAUAUAACAGAUACUUUAGAAUACUCUAAAACUUAAAAUAUAAAAAAUAUGACAAACUACUACAACUAAAAUAUAAGCAAGUUUAGAGGUGAAAUACUGCCCCCUAUUUGUUUGGAGCAGGUGGCUCAGAAUUACACAUUGAACCUUUAAGGUCAAUAUUUAGUUUCAUGACAUGUAACUAGUGAGAGUUGAAAUGUCCCAGUAGGCCCGGGCCUUCUUCCUACUGUGUUUGAGUUAGACAAGCUUAAGUUAUCUUCAAGGUAAUACUAUGUGUAAUACUCUUUGCAAUUUCAUAUUUAAAACAGUAAUGCGACACAAACAAGGCAUUAAUGGGACAGACUAACCUUUGAAGACCAUUAGCACCAUUGUAAAACCAUUACUGUGAUUACUUAUAUUACAAAUGUUUUGUAAAAAUACAUGAAACUCUGUAUGUUAUAAUGAAAAAUUGCUUGUAAAAAAUAAAUUGUUCACAAACAUU